AUGCCGCGCGAUCGAAGUGACUUGACGGUGGUGGAGUUGAAGGAGAGGCUGAAGACACAUGGAUUGUCCACGGCGGGUUCGAAGGCGGAGCUCAUUUCGCGGCUACAUGAGGUUGAUCCGUCGGUUUCUUGGGCGGAGAAUGACGGGUCUGGCGACGUCGAGGAUGUUGGAGGUGUUGAGGAUGGGGAGCUGGAGAGUCUGUCGCGGCGAGAGUUCGAGCUUUGCAGGCGAGAGAAGGAGCUUGCUGAGCGCGAGCUUGAUCUUGCGCGACGCGAGGUUUUGAUGAUGCGAGAACAGCUGACGAGGUGCAGGAGUCCCGCUGACGAUGCGGCGACGGCGACGGCGACGGGAGCGGCGAUGAGUUUUGACGAUGGAGGAAUGUCCCGCGUGCCCCCGAGAGCGAGUUUGACGGCGAUAGCCGAUUUGCUGGGUGAUUUUGAUGGUACGUCCAACAAUUUCGAAACGUGGGAGAAACAGCUCAG